CCUAGGAGCAGAGGGAGUGGUGAACGUAUAAAACCUCUUGGGCUCCCUCCAGCCAGACUGUAGACUUACUGGAAACUAUAGACACCUGAGUGUCGCCCCACUGGCUAAACUAUCCCGUCACAAUGCUGUCACGAAAACUGACUGGUCAUUUGAUCUUUGCUUUGGCUGGUCUUGCUCUCUCAGGCCACGUUACUGAUGUGAGUAGCAGUGAUACAUCCACAGACACAAGCAAUGGAGAUACCAGCGUGGAAACCACAGGCAGUCCUGAUGCCCCUGAUGACCCAGGCAAGUUCUGCAUGCUGUGCUGUACUGAAGACUGCAUCGAGGAAAGCAGACAUGUCAGGAGCCAAGGUUGUUGGGUGCCCUGUAUGGAGGCAUGUUGGAAGGAAUGUAUGGAGCCCUAUAUGGAUCUCUGUAUGGAGCCCUGUACACAGGAUUCGUCAAAGGUGUGCGACAGUAAGGGGGACAUUAAUGAGGACAGUAAGGGGGACAUUAAUGGGGACGGUAAGGGAGACAAUAAGGAGGACAGUAAGAGGGACAUUAAGGAGUACAGUAAGGGAGACGGUAAGGGAGACGGUAAGGGAGACAGUAAGGGAGACGGUAAGGGAGACAAUAAGGAGGACAGUAAGAGGGACAUUAAGGAGUACAGUAAGGGAGACGGUAAGGGAGACGGUAAGGGAGACAGUAAGGGAGACGGUAAGGGAGACGGUAAGGGAGACGGUAAGAGGGAUGGUAAGGGAGACAAUAAGGGAGACAAUAAGGAGGACAGUAAGAGGGAUGGUAAGGGAAGCAGUAAGGAGGACAGUAAGAGGGACAUUAAGGAGUACAGUAAGGGAGACGGUAAGGGGGACGGUAAGGGGGAUGGUAAGGGAGACACUGAGGACAGUACGAGGGACGGUAAGGGAGACGGUAAGGGGGACGGUAAGGGAGACAGUAAGGGAGACACUGAGGACAGUACGAGGGACAGUAAGGGAGACAGUAAGGGAGACGGUAAGGGAGGCGGUAAGAGGGACAGUAAGGAGGACAUUAAGGGAAACAGUAAGGAGGACAGUAAGAGGGACAGUAAUGAGGACAGUAAGAGGGAUGGUAAGGGAGGCGGUAAGGAGGACAGUAAGAGGGAUGGUAAGGGAGGCGGUAAGGAGGACAGUAAGAGGGAUGGUAAGGGAGGCAGUAAGGAGGACAGUAAGGAGGACAGUAAGGAGGACAGUAAGAGGGAUGGUAAGGGAGGCAGUAAGGAGGACAGUAAGGAGGACAGUAAGAGGGACGGUAAGGGAGGCAGUAAGGAGGACAGUAAGGAGGACGGUAAGGGAGGCAGUAAGGAGGGCAGUAAGGAGGGCAGUAAGGAGGACGGUAAGAGGGAUGGUAAGGGAGGCAGUAACGAGGACGGUAAGGGAGGUAGUAAGGAGGACAGUAAGAGGGAUGGUAAGGGAGGCAGUAAGGAGGACAGUAAGGAGGACAGUAAGAGGGACGGUAAGGGAGGUGGUAAGGAAGACAGUAAGAGGGAUGGUAAGGGAGGCAGUAAGGAGGACAGUAAGGAGGACAGUAAGGAGGACAGUAAGAGGGAUGGUAAGCGAGGCAGUAAGGAGGACAGUAAGGAGGACAGUAAGAGGGAUGGUAAGGGAGGCAGUAAGGAGGACAGUAAGGAGGACAGUAAGAGGGAUGGUAAGCGAGGCAGUAAGGAGGACAGUAAGGAGGACAGUAAGGAGGACAGUAAGGAGGACAGUAAGAGGGAUGGUAAGCGAGGCAGUAAGGAGGACAGUAAGGAGGACAGUAAGAGGGAUGGUAAGGGAGGCAGUAAGGAGGACAGUAAGGAGGACAGUAAGAGGGAUGGUAAGGGAGGCAGUAAGGAGGACAGUAAGAGGGACGGUAAGGGAGGCAGUAAGGAGGACGGUAAGGAGGACAGUAAGAGGGAUGGUAAGGGAGGCAGUAAGGAGGACAGUAAGAGGAUGGUAAGGGAGGCAGUAAGGAGGAUGGUAAGGGAGGUAGUAAGGAGGACAGUAAGGAGGACAGUAAGAGGGAUGGUAAGGGAGGCAGUAAGGAGGACAGUAAGAGGGAUGGUAAGGGAGGCAGUAAGGAGGACAGUAAGAGGGAUGGUAAGGGAGGCAGUAAGGAGGACAUUAAGGGAAACAGUAAGGAGGACGGUAAGAGGAACAGUAAGGAGGACAGUAAGAGGGACGGUAAGGAACUCGAUAAGGGAGACAAUAAGGGGGACAGUAAGAGGGACAGUAAGGAAGUCGAUAAGGGAAACAAUAAGAGGGACAGUAAGAGGGACAGUAAGGGGGACAGUAAGGGAGACAGUAAGAGGGAAAGUAAAAGACAGUAAGUGUGAGUGUAGUCUAACAUUGCUCUUAAGUUCCUUAGCCCUCCCUUGGCCCUCAAAAUGGGGAAGGUGUCUACAGAGAUACAAUUGAAUUAUUAUGCUGUUUUGAUGUGCAUAACAUUUUCCCCCACUUUUUGACUGUAUUGUUGUUGUUUUUAACUUCCUGAUGUUUUGAGAUCCUCUCUAGUGUUUACAGGACAUAAGGGUCUGAUUGGUGAAAUCAAUGCUAGCAGUAAUAUACAGAAUGACAAUGUAUGAGAAGUAAUGUGUCGCUGCAAUACUGACAAGAAAUGUAUCCAAUUCCAAUGAUAAUGAAUACAUGAUGCGUGAGAAAGAAUCAUUGGAUUUUUGCCACUAUGCACAACCUCCAGGGCUAAGCCUCUACCGCUUCAGAAGAAGGCCUCUGUCAGGUUUAUUAUGGGUUUUAUGGUAUAAAAUCACAUUUUAUAAUGAAGUUCACUGCUUUACUUUGAGUUUAUUUUGAUUUCUCGGUUCUCUUUGUUUUGAGAUACUUAGUAUGUUGCAUUUAUUCAAUAUAAUCACUUAUGACAAUCAAAGUUGUAACACUUAAGAUAAGAACGAUUGACAGGUAACAUGUUUUUUUGUUUAUGGUUGUUUAUUGAUUGUUUAUGCUGUUCAGGAUUUCCCCUUCUGCUAUACAGAUAAUGUUAUGCCUGUUCAGUACAUUUUGGUUCAUGGAAGAGUGUUUGCUCUCCCACUGCAAGAUGUGCCCCGUUACAGUGCUGGAUGAAGAGGCACGUCUGUCAAUCCACUGAAGAAAAGUAUGGGAUGUUGGAUUCAAAAUUCUUGGUGCCCCUUAAAUUUGGUUAACCUCUCUUAGGUCAGGAGUCUUCUUCUCAAAAACCCAUUGGAGGAUUAGCUCAGAGAGGAGGUGCCUCUGGCUUUCUUAUCCAAUGGGUUUUGUGAAGGAGAUGAGGAAAGAGAGGAGAGGACAUGAGGAGUGUGCAAUUGAGAUCUCCCCAAUGUAUCCUAGGUGACCCACCUGAGUUCAAAGGCCAAUGGCUGUAAUUCAGCUAUAGGUAGUUUCAAGUGACAGAUAUAUCUAAUAUACGGUAUUUUCUGACCAAGAGGGUGGACAACAUUGACUAAAUGUUUUGACCAGGGUCUAGGCACUUGGAGAGCAAACAGUGAUAGGAUGACUUUGUAAUGAUGAUUUUGAACCUUCCAAGGAACCUGCCUGUUUCCCCAUACGUAUAUUUGUCUAGUAAACAGUUAAACAUAUAGAAUAUGUUUGCCUUAUCCUUGUAUCCGGCAUUUUCCAAACCUUGAACAAAUAAAUUAUUCUCAACAAU